AUGGCGCAUGGAAUGCUCCCGCUUCCUCUUUUCAGACCAACGGAUUGCAUAUCUCCCUUAGGAUUAUCAGAAUAUUCUGGAAUUGCCUCCAGCAGUUGCUAUAACAAUACUUUAGGGCCGCUUGCUAACGUUCAGGCGAGUACAUUUUGGCUAGAGACAAACAAGGCCCUGGAUUGUAAAGAUAUCGAUGCCCCUUCAUUGGCGUCUAGGAUCGAGACUACUGCUAAAACUAUCUCUGCAAAUCAGACUGCUAUAGAAAAUAUGGGGAGUCAAGAGGAAAGAGUGGAUAAAGAAGCAAGAGAGAUUGAAGGGCCUUUGAAGUUCAAAGACUGUUUUAGUCGCUUGGCAGGUAAACUUUCUCUUAACUUCAUCAGAGUGGGGGCCAUAUGCAUGAGCAUAACUUCUACUGGUGGACUCUGUAUAGCGUAUAGCCCUCAGCAAACAUCCCCAACUAUGAAUGGACCACUUCAACCUUGUGAAUUAGGUGCUUCGAGCUCAGUCUGUAAUCCUCAGGCUGAUUACUUAACUAGAAAACUUGUACUUGGUCACUCCCGACGUGAACUGCUGGCUUGUAGACAUCUAGAGUGUCAGGCUGGCUGGAACCCAGAUUUCAAGCAAUCCGAUGAGUUUGCCUUCUCAGAUGUUGAUCCGGGUGAUAGAGGUACCGCAUCCUCUUUAACAAAUCAGAGUGAAUUUAUUGACGAAGAAACCAAGAGGUUACUAAUUUUCCCUACAACUACUGCUGGAUUUAAUCUUAUGGACAACCGAAUGAAAUUGGUCUACAAAUCUGGAUCCUUUGGAAAAGAAAUGGGCUAUGAAAGGUAA